AUGUCUUCUGAUGAAGAGAAACCUCCAGCCCCUCCGGUUAGAUUAACAUCAAAUAGAGGAACAGACUUAACUAAUAGUGCCCUGGCAGUAGAUAGACCUUUGCCAAAAGAGCCUGAAGAUGCUGAACGAAAGAAGAAGACUUUAAAAUCCAAAAUUAAAAGCAACAAAUCUACAAUAACUUCUGAUAAACCAAAUAUUUCUUAUCCUACAAAUUUUGAACACACAGUUCAUGUAGGCUUUGAUCCCAUAUCAGGGGAGUUUACGGGCAUGCCUGAAGCAUGGUCUCGAUUGUUGAUGAACUCUAAUAUUAGCAAACAAGAACAAAAGAAAAACCCGCAGGCUGUUUUGGAUGUCCUUAAUUGGUAUGAUAGUAGUUCAAAAGAACCCCCAAAUGCAAAGUACAUGACAAAAACAACAACAACCACUCAUUCAGGGUCUUCUUUGAGCAGGGUUUCCAGUUCCAGCCCCAGCAGUACAACUCCAACUGAUAUUGAAGGAGCGCCGCAGUCUUAUCAUAGCCCUGCUCAUGCUCCAAGUUCCGAAAUCGAAGACGAACCGCCACCACCUCCUAUUGCAAGUCGACCAGAAAAGACUAAAAGUAUUUACACGAAACCAAUCGAAGAUGUUCCGCCCACUACCAACAACACUGUGGGCACACCUGCUCACAGCCCGAGUCCUGUGCAUACAACACCAACUCACGCUGCAAAUGCAAAUUCUCCACCCGGCGCCCCGAUGCUUGACCGAAAUAAAAACCAAGCGGGUUCGGAGAUAUCGCGGGGUGCAUCGGAGAAAAGGAAGAAGAAGAUGACAGAUGAAGAGAUACUAGAAAAAUUGAGGAGUAUCGUUUCAGUAGGUGAUCCGAAUAGGAAAUAUACGAAAAUGGAAAAAAUUGGACAAGGGGCAUCUGGUACUGUUUAUACUGCAAUAGAAACUUCGACUGGAAUGGAGGUGGCUAUAAAGCAGAUGAAUUUAUCUCAGCAGCCGAAAAAAGAACUGAUCAUUAACGAAAUUCUAGUCAUGAGAGAGAACAAACACAUGAAUGUCGUCAACUAUUUAGACAGUUACCUCGUUUCGGAGGAAUUGUGGGUCGUAAUGGAAUAUCUUCCUGGGGGUUCCUUAACGGAUGUAGUGACCGAAACAUGUAUGGAUGAGGGUCAGAUCGCGGCCGUUUGCAGGGAGGUGCUACAGGCCCUCGACUUCUUGCAUAGCAAUCAAGUGAUACACAGAGACAUUAAGUCAGACAAUAUUUUACUUGGUCUCGACGGCUCCGUUAAAUUAACCGAUUUUGGUUUUUGUGCACAAAUAAGUCCUGAACAAUCCAAGAGAACUACGAUGGUAGGGACACCAUAUUGGAUGGCUCCUGAGGUUGUAACAAGGAAACAGUACGGUCCAAAAGUGGACGUAUGGUCAUUAGGAAUAAUGGCAAUUGAAAUGAUAGAAGGCGAGCCGCCAUACUUGAAUGAAAAUCCCCUCAGGGCUCUGUAUUUGAUCGCCACUAACGGUAAACCGGAAAUAAAAGACAAGGAAAAACUUUCUCCAGCGUUUCAAGAUUUUCUCGAUCAAUGUCUGGCGGUUGAGGUCGACAAAAGGUCAUCAGCGAGGGACUUAUUAAAGCAUCAAUUUUUAAAAAUGGCACGACCUCUGGCGAGUUUGACGCCUUUAAUUUUGGCGGCCAAAGACGCGGCAAAAGGUCACUAGCGAUAGGAAAGGGCCGCUAGGCCUUCCCGUUUCAUGUGCGAAAGACUCGACGCAAAGGAAUAAAAAAACUACAUAAAAUUAAGUAACAAAUGCAUUUAAAUUUCUUGAUAGAAAAAAAGUCGAACAAACUGUUGUUAAGAUAAUGAUUAUAUUUGCAAGGAACGACGUGUGCCUAACUUAACAAUAACCCGUGAGACAUUUUAUCGAAGUGCAAACAAACAUGCUCGCAUUGCUGUCGAAUUGGUUUUUUCUUCGUCUUGUUUAACUGGGAAGUAAAAUUAUUAUUUUGGUAGAAAUGGAGUUAAAGAUGUGGUAGUAAAAUAUUCAGCUUAGAUUAGAGUAACGAAAAGCGAGAGCCGAAACUUUUACUUAUGUUAAUGUUUUUUAAUUUUUUAAAAUACAACAAUUACAACACAUACUUUUAAAUUACAUAAAUUAUUGUAACGUUUGCUAUAAAUAACUAUACAAUACUUAAUAAUAACAUGGUGAUAUUAGAAAAUAUAGUAAGUUAUAUACUUGGUAGUGUGAUAAGGGUUUCUGUAGCAUUUAUUAUUGCAACAUAUUCUUUUUGCAGUUUUAACAUUUCUAACUUAAUCUGGCAAUGUGGCCUUUACAAGUAAUAAAAUUAACAAAGAGCUACAUUAGAGGAACGAAUCGUAUUAUUUAUGUUUUUUCUUUUAUUUGUGCUAACUGAUGCAUCAAACAAAGCUAACACAAAUAAGAAAUAGAGAAUUAAUGUCAUGAAUAUUUUCAUUAAAAAAAAGGGUACAAUUUCAGAAAAAAAAUCUUAUUUUUUGUAUUAAAAUAAUAAAUUUUAUUUCCCAGUACGUUCUUUGUAAAGAAAACUGUAAAUAAUAUAUUCAGAAGAGGAUUAUAUAGACUUGUUUUGUGUGCUUCUUUGUUUGAGAGAUUGUAUUGUACAAUUUUAUAUCAAAACAGCUUCCUUUUAAUUUUUAUUUCAGACAUUAUCUUCGUCAACAAAUUAAUUGUUUUAACACAGAAAAAUAAUUAUGAAAAAUGGUACAUAGAGCUUUUGUUGAUAUUGCAUAAUUAAGGUGAUUUUUGACUUUUUGUAAUGUGGGGCAAUUUUAUACAUAUAUAAAAAAAUCUCAAAUAUCUAUCAUCUAUGCUUUUAUAAGUUUAAAAAAUGACCGAUUUUUUGUUUUUAAAUAAAAUUAAUUUGUUGACCGUGGUUUUUUAAUGAAAAUUAUUACAAAGUAAAAGGAUUCAUUUUUAUCGUUUUAUUGGGUUUUUAUUCGCAUAGGUAGUGCCCAACCAAACAGUAUUAAUAUGGUGGAUAAAUAAAAAAUAUAUUCAACUCGUUUAAUAAACUACAUAAAAUGUGUUAAAAGGCGAUCGUCAGUUGAAAGUUAUUGAACAAUUAAACAUCGUUUUUGCCUGGGUCUUACCCGACACUAGUGAUCAAUGUUCCUUUUUAUAGUCAAAAACAGUGAAAUUAUUUUAGAUUGUUUUAUAAUCGUAAAUGUAUGUAGAUGCAAAAGUAAAUUUUUAUAAUGAAAAAGAAAGGAACAAUUGAUUACCUUGUCAUGAUAUUGCUGCGAUUAAAUUAUUGAAUGAAAGGCUUUGCAUUAUCAUGGUGGUUUAACUUUUUACUGUUUUAUAGAAACAAAAAUUACGUAAAAAGUAUUUCUCGGUAUUAAUAUUAAAUUCUUUAGUAGAAAAUCUGGGAUAUAAA